UCACGUUCUGAAUUUGGACCAAUGGCCAGCCACGUCACGUGACGUUGUAAAUAAACGAAUGACAGAGCCGUUGGUCAUAGUAAAACAAGGAAAGCCAAACACAUGUAACACGGAUAUACAUUGUCUGAAUGUGAAUCUGAAGUAACAAAAGGCUGUCUUGGUCCGUUGAUGUUCUUUCUAUCCGCCCGUCUGAAGCCGGUCACUGAGGUGAAGCUGUCCAGCCACCAGGCCGUCCUGUGGCCGAUGCAACAUCCGUCGACUGAACGGACCGGACUGGCCAACCUACGACGAGCGAGGAGCAAGCAACGCAACGUCCGCUAGCGAGCUGUUCUGAGCGGACCUCUUCUCCUGACCCUGAGCUGUUAGACCAAAGAAGAGUGCGGGUUGUAUUCACCAACACCCAAAAAGUCAUGUCGGAAUUGAAUAAAGAGGUGGUGGAUUUGGUCUGGGGGAGACCCACGAGUGGUGGUGUAUCGGCUUCAAUCUUUCGGAGGUGGACCCAAGGGUUUCUUUUCAGUGAAAAUGAACACUCAGCACUGGAGCAGUUUGAAGGAGGACCGUGUGCCGUCAUUGCCCCAGUCCAGGCUUUUCUUCUAAAGUAUGUUCUCUUUAACAAAGAAAGUCCAAACUGGAGGCACAUUUCAGAAGAGGAGCAGAAAUUUGCUUUGUGUUCCACUUUGAGUGAGAUCCUGGAGUCGGCCUGCUCUACUCCCUCAACUGGCUACUGCCUGGUCUCCUGGGCUAAGGGGCAGACCCCUCAUGCAAUCACCCAUGCCAAACCACGGACACAAUCACAGACACAGUGCACGCCAGAGCCGGAGAGCAGCCAGGCACCACAAGAGCUGCAGCCCACUACUGUGUCUGCUGAGGACCUUGGCUUUGAGCGAUUUCACAGCAUCCUCCAUAAGCGGACUGUUCAGUCAUUGUCUGAGCUGAGGGAGGAGAUGCUGUCUCUCUAUCUGACCUGGAGGGGAGGCUGUGGAGUCCUGCUGUUCCUGUAUUCUGUCAUCCUCACAAAGGGUAUUGAAAAUAUAAAGAAUGAGAUCCAGGACACAAUGGAGCCACUCAUAGACCCUGUGCAUGGUCAUGGCAGUCAGAGUCUGGUGAACCUCUUUGUGACUGGCCAUGCUGUUUCGAACGUCUGGGACGGAGACAGGGAGUGCUCUGGCAUGAAGUUGCAUGGUAUCCAUAAACAAGCAUCUGUUGGCUUCCUUACUCUGAUGGAGUCUCUGCGCUACUGCAAGGUCGGGGCAUUCCUCAAGUCUCCAAAGUUCCCUAUUUGGAUUCUUGGCAGUGAAACCCAUCUCUCUGUACUCUUCACCAAGGAGCGGUCCCUGGUGGGUCCUGAGUCUACUUCAGAACUGGCCCGGAGGGUUUUCCAGUCUUUUGAUCCAGAAGAUAAUGGUUUUAUCCCGGAGUCUCUGUUGGAGGAUGUGAUGAAGGCCCUUGACCUUGUCUCAGAAACGGAAUAUGUCAGCCUGAUGAAAAGCAAGCUGGACCCAGAGAGUUUAGGAAUCAUUCUGUUGGGCCCAUUCCUGCUCGAAUUCUUCCCUGAACAGGAUUCAGGAAUCCCAGACUCCUUUCCGGUCUACCACUACAAUGGGCUUAAACAAUCCAACCACAGCGAGAGGGUGGAGUAUGUAGAGGGGACCGCCUUGGUGCUGGGAUUUGAAGACCCCAUGGUGCGGACCGAUGACACCCCAGUCAAACGCUGCCUGCAGACCAAGUGGCCCUACAUCGAGCUGCUGUGGACCACCGACCACUCACCCUCGCUGAAUUAGAAUGAAUGAAUAGACCACUUCUGCACCUCCCCUUCACUCCCCUGUCCUUGCAAAACCCAACAUAUGUCCUACCUAAUACAUCCCCUUGCAUUCUGAUCCAUUCAAAUACUUUUAAGACACGUAAAACCAAUGCUGGAGUAACGGCGCAUUCACUUCUCAUGCUAUUCUUUUCAACAUAAGUUGGGAAUCAGCAAGCAGCUUGUUUACGUUGUGAAAAAAACUCUGAUCUGUUUAUUUCCCUUCAGCACAAAGCCCAAAGUUGGUUUGGACAUUAAAAGCCUAACAGUGCUUUAAAUGGCAGAUUGUGCUGAAUGUGUCUCUAACGACCUGUCUCACUUAUACAGCCACUGUGAAACACUUUCUACUCCAGCAAUAGGACUGUUCAUUGGAAGGGGGGGGGCACACACACACACACACACACACACACACA